CUUGCCCGGGAUUAAGUGGGAUCGGGAGAGAUUACAGCCCUCUCUCUCUCUCGUUCCCUGUAGCUCGAUGAAAGCCUAGUGCUCCGUCCGGUGCCCUGGGAAUAUUUUCCCACCAUAUUUACAUGUUCCUGUACCCAUAACUGUGCUAAGACCUGCAGGAGCUGGAGGAUAAAGGCUUGUGGCUUCCCUAAGGCCUUCAACGUGGAGGAUUUUUCCUGUCCUGGUGAGCGGUCGGCGAGGGGUCGGGGUGAGAGGUCAGAGGUCAGGAGUCCAGUGACCAUGAGGCAGGCGGUGGAGGCUCAGGUGUUAAACCCCCACUGUGAACUUGGAGAACACGGCCUGCGUCAGAUCCUGACGGAUGUGAUUGAGGAGGUGCAGCAGUCUGUAAAUCAGGACAUUGAUGGAGCAGAGAUUCUCCACAGUUUGCUGAACGCGCCCUGGCUGCAGUCACUGCUCAAGGUUUAUGAGUGUCUUCAGAGGUACCUGAGGGAUUCCCCAGCUCCGGCUCUGGAAUACGCUUCAGGACUCUCACUUCAACUGCUGAUCGACAUCAGAGCGUUACCAGGCUGCUCUGAAGAGGCCAAAGAGCUCUACCGCCUCCUGCGGCAGCCUCACCUGCAGGCUCUUCUCUCGGCUCAUGAUACGGUGGCCCAGAGGGACUAUGAGCCAGUGCUGCCGCCGAUGCCCGAAGAUCUGCCUGACGAUGAGGAGGCCACCAGGAUUGUGUGCCUGGUCAAAAACAAACAGCCUCUGGGAGCAACUAUAAAGAGAAACGAGAUCACGGGGGAGAUUUUUGUUGCGCGGGUGAUUCACGGAGGGCUGGCUGAUCGAAGUGGUCUGCUUCAUGCAGGGGACAGGAUCAUAGAGGUGAAUGGUUUUCCUGUGGAUGGGAUGGAGCCUGAGCAAGUUAUUCAAGUUGUGCAAGCGAGGUCGCAAGGCACCAUCAUGUUUAAGGUUGUUCCCAUCACAGAAAGGCCAGUCCACAACCAGACGAUGCUCUACGUGCGGGCCAUGGCUGACUACAGCCCUCAGCAGGACCCGGCCAUCCCCUGCGCCGAUGCCGGUAUGAGCUUCAGAAAAGGCGACGUCCUGGAGAUCGUGGACCAGACGGAUGGCCUUUGGUGGCAGGCCAAGAAACUGCCCAGCAACACGGCCUGUGCCGGCCUCAUCCCGUCCACCAACCUGCUCAAACGGAAGCAGAGGGAGUUCUGGUGGUCUCAGCCUUAUCAGCCACACGCCUGCAUUCAGACCUUGAGCACUGUAGAGGAAGAGGAGGACAUGAUGGCCAUCGAUGAGAAAUGUGUUGAAGCAGAUGAGGAGGCAUUUGAAUCUGAGGAGCUCAGGGAAGAGGAGGAUGACUUCAGUAGCAACAUUGAAGGGAUGUAUUUAGCGGGUUUCAGGCGCAGCAUGCGUCUGUGUAGGCGCCGUUCUCACAGCACCACCCAGCCCUCCUGCCACACCCGCUGUCCCAGCAGCUGCUACAGCGCCCUCAACAGCCCCUACGAGGAGGUGGUGCGCUACCAGCGCCACCCACAGGACACACACCGCCUCAUCGCCCUCUUAGGCCCAUCUGGUGUGGGUGUGAAUGAACUUCGGAGGCGCUUGAUUGAAAUGAAUCCCAACAUCUUCCAGGGAGCUUUACCUUACACCACGAGAGCACCCAAAGCAUACGAGGAGUCUGGGAGAGAAUAUUCCUUCACCAGCCGAGAAAUCUUCGACAACAUGGUUUAUAACAACAGGUUUCUGGAGUACGGGGAGUAUAAAGGGAAUCUGUACGGCACCAGCAUCGACUCUGUGAAGGACGUGUUAAACAGCGGAAAGAUCUGCAUCAUUGACAUCGAGCCAAACGCCAUUCAGGCAGUGAGGACCCAUGAACUGAGGGCCUACAUCAUCUACGUGAAGCCGCCUUCUCUGGAACGCCUCAGGGAGACCAGACAGGAUUCCUACAUCACCACCAACUACUACGUCAACCGACCGUUCAAAAGUGAAGACUUCCAGGAGAUGGAAGAAGCAGCCCGGAAGCUUGAGUCCCACUAUUGCCAGUUUUUUGACCAGGUGAUCAUCAAUGAUGAGCUGCAAGACUCCUGCGUCCAGCUGCUGACAGCGGUAAGGAAGGCGCAGGAUGAGCCACAGUGGGUCCCUGCCAGCUGGAUACGACCCACCUCCGAAUCGUAAGGGAGGACGGAGGAGAAAACAAGGGGACAACACAGAUGUGACCCCUUUUUAUUCAGGCAGCAAGUUUUGGAAACUGAAAGUCUGGAAUAUCAUCCCAAAAAGCUUUACGUUGAAAUCAGUUUGUUUAAUGUCUAAUACUGAAUGUUUUAGGGGAGUAGGGCAUGAAAAAAAUCCAAAUAUCUUGAUCUUGGUGUUUCUGGCGGGCUUCGUCCGGUUCUUAAGUCGUUUCAAAUCCCCAAAGACGAAGGAUGAAGCUGGACUCAAGCCCAAAGAAACUCUGGCAGUUUGUCACCACUUUAUUUUCUUAUAACUAGUAGUAAGACUGCUUUGUUUUUAGACAAAUAUAGUAAUUCUACAACCAGGGGCGCCUUCCUCCAGUGUGUUUUUGGAACUACAGGAUGUUUAGAUUAUAGUGAGAGAGUUCUUUUUGAAAAGGUAGAUUCCUGCUUUGCAUGUGGCUUUAAUUUUAACAAAACAGGUUAAUUUCUUGCCCUGCUCCCCACUCUUGUAACACAGACCUACAAUAAAUAAUGUUAUCUUUUUCUAAUUGAUGUUUACAUAUUAGAAAGAAAGCUGUUUUUUUUUUUCAAUCUUGUUAAAUUUUGUCAUUUCUAUCAUUUCUUUGUGUUUUACAAUAGCUAACAUGUGUCACUGCAUGCCAAAAAGUUGUUCAAGAUUUACAAAAAAUUAACAAGAUGCUGUGUUGAGCAAACUCUUGCAAUAAUAACACUUUGUGUCCUUAUUUCAUUCAAACAAUGGGAUGAAAACCACGUUUUUCAGGGUGAGAUGCAACUAAAGUGCAAAGCAA